AAACGCAUAAACUAAUAAAAAAAUAUGAGCAAACCAGCAUAAUACAAUAUAACGAAAAUUAAAAAAAAAUAAUACUCGCCCAAACGCUUAAACUGCAAUAAACCAAAGUGCAAUAAAGAAUCGUCAAAAAAAUGAGCUCCGUGCAACAGGAUAUGUUUUUGCUCGACUGUCCCACCUACGAGGACUACUUGGAUACCUUCAUUACACGUCAUGAUAUACACUUUCUACGUAACAUACGCUUCUGCCGUAUGCUUGUCGAGCUCGGUUAUCGUUCCGCUUCUGAAAUUUACACACCCGAGCAGUAUGAGAAGCGUAAAGCGGCCGUACAGGAAUCAUUAUGGCCGACGAAAAAAUCGGCAAUGCUAUUCAGUGAAAAUAUGGAAUCCGAUGAUCCGGUACUAAUCGAAUUGGCACGACGUGAACAGCCGAAUACGCAGAAGAUCAUAUCGACAAUAAUUUUUCUUAAACAUCGCCUAAAGUCCGGUUUUGAAGUUUCCGGUUACAUUGAUUUCGAACAUAGUCUGAAACAGGCAAAUCUAAUGAUCGAAGGCUGCACCGAUUGGUUGGCCGUCUUUCAGGAGCGUGUACUAUUGCGUCCGAAACCGACGGAUCUUAGCUUCUACGAUUGGCAUAAGGGUACGGUGCAUUACAAUCAUUCUGAAAACUAUGUCGUUAUACAUGAUGUCGAGAAUGGUUUGAUAUUUAUGCAUCGUGGUGAUCAUAAAAAAAUCUGUGUUGAUAUCUUACGUGAAUUGUAUACGAAUAAUUGUACGCGUGAAAUGCAUUUUUCAGAAAAAUAUGGACAUGUUGUAUUCUAUGAUCACAUAAUACGAAAAAAGAUUUAG